UCGGAAGCACCCGAAUUCGACGGAAGUGAACGUGGAUGCAACCAUGAUAGAAAUGUUGCAGAGGAUGUAAAUAUUGAAGGAAUUCUCCUGAUAUAUUUUGUGCACAAACUUCAGGUGCAAUCACACAAAAUUUUGUGACACAUAGGUUAAAAGUGGCAACAUGGGAGCCAACAGCAGUAGUAUCAGUGAGCUGUCCAGUAAUACCUACCUGGCCAAGCUGUGUGGCACAGACCCAGUCUCCAAGAAUGAUCCUUUCUGGAAUCAGCUUCUGUCAUUCACAUUGCAGAUUCCUCACAACAGUUCAGACAACAGGCUAUUAGAAGAGUCUAUAUCAGGCAUAUGCAAGAACCUGGCCAUCAACAACUUUCAGUCUGGUAACUUCGGAGCCUUGGUCAGGGUCUUCUUAAUUAGGGCAGCAGAACUGAAAGCAUCUACACAGUGUGAUGACAACCUAUUUAUCUGGCAGACAUACAAUGCCCUGUUUAUUGUAAGGAACAUUUGCAAGUAUUUUGUGGAGAAUUUAUCAGAGGAACUUCUGUUGGAACAGUUUAAGGCUCAGCCCACAGGGGAAGUUGAAGAUGCAGAGGAAGACCUUUGCCAGGAUUUCUUAAGUGCUCUGAUAGAGCUGAUAGUUGAUGUCACAGUGGUAAGUUAUACAUAUGCCCUGCACCUGGAGGCUCUGAACUGUCUGCUAAUCCUGCUGUCUAUCCAGAUGUUCCAGCCACAGCCAGCUGGUGAGACUAUGCUUUAUAGAUAUAUUAUGCAUGGAAAGUGCUCUAUCCAUGCAUGCAUGUUGAUGAAGAGCCUCCUUCAUAACUUUGUGGCACAAGAAAAGUGUCCGGCUUCCUUAAUAAAGAACCACUCUGGAGGGUUGUCUGGGCUUACCUCAGCCAUGGCAUCUGGCCUGUGGACAGUGAUGACACUAGGACUGGCCACUGGUCAGAAGACACAGGAGAAUGAAGUGGACAGGAACCUGUUGGCCCAGCAGAGUAUCUUGCUGACCCUUGUCCUUGUCAACCACUGUACAAAUGACCGUGAGGUGAACAAUCCUUACAGACAGGCACUUUGCUCUUUUAUGGACUCGCAUGGUGAGGCUGGCGCCCCCACAGAGGCCUUGGCCACAUUCAGAAUGGACUUCCCCAAGCUCUACAAGGCACUGUGCCAAAACAUGAGAGACGACCAAACCACGCUGCUACUCUAUCUGCUCAUACAUAGGAAUAUCAACUUCAAAACCUUUGUGCUUUCUAGGACAAAUUUAGACCAAGUGGUUAUGCCAAUAUUAAAAAUCUUGUACCAUGCAGAGGACAAAAAUUCUCAUCACAUUUACAUGGCUUUAAUUAUUCUGCUAAUCUUGAGUGAAGAUGAGUCUUUUAAUAAAGCCGUACAUGAAUUAACAAUAACAAAUAUAGCAUGGUUCAAAGAAAGGACAAUAUCAGAGAUCUCUCUUGGUGGUUUACUGGUGCUAGUUGUAAUCAGGACAAUACAGUACAAUAUGACCAAAAUGAGGGACAAGUACCUACACACCAACUGUCUGGCAGCUCUAGCCAAUAUGUCUGCUCAGUUUGACAACCUUCAUCCAUAUGUAACACAGAGGUUGAUAAGUUUGUUUGCCCUGUUAGUGAAGAAGCAUAAUCGUCUAGUUCAGCAACUGAAGAAUGCCUGCUUGGAGGACGGCCAGGCAGAGAGUGGCUCCGAAGCUGAUACUGAGCCUGACUAUGGCCAGGACUUGAGCGUAUUAGAAGAAGUCAUCCGUAUGGUCCUCGAGAUUAUUAACUCGUGUCUGACUCAUGCCCUCCACCACAACCCCAACCUUAUCUACACUCUGCUCUACAACAAAGAGGUGUUCUCUCAGUUCAGAACACACCCAACUUUCCAGGAUAUCAUACAGAAUGUAGACACAGUUCUAGGUUACUUUACUGCACAGUUGGAGAAACCAGACAGGAAUCUCUCUGUUCAUGAAGUGUUAGACAUAAUCAAAAUGGGGGCAAGACAGUUUAAAAGAGAAAGGUUAAAGAAAUUCCCAGAGCUUAAGUUCAAAUAUGUGGAAGAGGAUCAACCCGAGGAGUUCUUCAUCCCUUAUGUGUGGUCAUUGGUCUACCACUCCUCCAACUUGUACUUUAAUGCAUCACGGAUACAGCUGUUCUCUUUAGGAACAACCCAGGGUUAACAACACUGAUGCCUGCUCACAAACACACACAAACACACACGCUGCAAGAGACUAGUGGACUGUGAGGGUACUGGGGUAUAGCCUGCAUAGCACAAUGUGUGCAUGUAGACAUGAUGAGAAUAACAAAUGUAUGUGAGUGCAAAUCACAUACUUAGGUAAUGGGUCAAGGUGAAAUGGUGACUCAACACUAGAUAUGAUUGCAAAGUGUGAAUAGACUUGUGUGGGGAGUUCCAAUGUAACAGUCAGGAAUGAAGUCAUGACUCACUAGAUUAAGACCAGCUUGCAGUCCUCGCUCUGUUGACCUCGCUUAAAAGUGCACUGGUCAAGGACACAAUUGGGAAAUGGUCUGUUCUUACUGUGGCAACCUUGCCGUAAGUUGGUUAGGGUCAGUGACUGGACACAAGUAUGAGGUGGGCAGCUGCUGGAAAGUGGGCAAGUGUCCCUGAAAAUUGUGCUGUAAGUCGAUGCACUGGUCAAGGACUGGGCACCAGGGUGCAGUGGGUGCUAUUAAUCUGGACAUUAAUUAUAGUCCCCAUUCCCAUGGGUCUUAUUUGGUUGACUUAAGUAUGGAUUGAAGGCAGCUUAAAAGAUAUAAAAUUUGUGGGCAGUUAUGCUAUGAAAUAUGUAUAUAGUUAACUCAUCCAAAGGUUCAAAUCCAAAGUUUUAUUUUUUGUGCAUUGGGAUUUUUUUCAUGCUUAAGUUUUUCUUGAUCGGAGGUUAUUGAUUCUGUACCAUAAAGGAAGUGGUAUCAAAGUGCUGCUUGCUUGGGUAACUAAUAAUGUUGGAUAUUAUUGACAAUACAUGACACUGAUUCUCUUUAUUGAGAUUUCAACCAUGUAGGGAAUUUAUAACCAUAAUGACUUGGCACACCUCAGUCACAGCGAGUGUCGGGAGGAUGCAUUAUGUAUUUUAUAUGCUAGAUAUAUAUGGUCAAGUGAACUUGUAAUUAUGAAUAUUAAAGAAUCUAUCUGGAAUUAUAAGCAUCUGGGAAUUAGCAAGCCAUUAAAAUGUGGGGAAAUGUGUGACUUCUUCAACUGUAGUGUGUAUAGUCUUGGUGUAAGUAAUGCACUGAUGCAGUAUCCAGCUUGUGUGCUGACAACACCAACAUCAACAUCUCUGUUAACAGAUCUUGUUCAGCUGGGCAUGAGGCACAGCUAGCAAAUGCUUUGUUUAAAUAUUUACGAAAACAUUUUCUAACAAAAACAUACCUGUAAACUGUCCACUAACUGUUUAUAUAGUAUUAUACUUAACUGAGGUAACAUAAUUAUAAAAAAGGGCUGCCCAUGCAUAAGGCUGGCAGUAUUUGCUAAUUUUAUUCACAUAUAACUAUAUCUCAGUAGAGAUACAACAGUGAUAAAAUAUUGCUUAAAGGAGGGAGAAACCAGAAAUUUCACAUUAUAUCCUAGAGGAAAAAACUCUUGAUCUCUUUUCUAGAGAUAUGUUAAAAUUUAUUGCCCGGCCCAUAAACUGUACAAAAUAUUCUAAAUGUUAUAUUCAAAUAAAAAAUGCAUUUGCAAACUACCCGCCUCAAUAUGCAAAAAAUGAAGCAACAUUAUUACAUUGUAGGCCCUCCACAUACCUAGACAGCCGUAAUGCAAUGGUUUUUUCAAAAAAAAAAUCGCAAGGAGAUUGUCUGUUAUUGGAAUUAUAUUUAAAAUUAAACCGGGAUUGGUUUGAAAUAGCAUGUGUGUGGCUACUUCCUUUCAUAAUUCUUGACUUCUUUUUGUGCAGAAACAGUUUUGACCAUGUAUGGAUAUAAAGCUUUUUAAAAGGUGUAGAAAGUUGGUGGUUUUCAGUAUCUACUAAAUUUGUACAUAAUAAUAUGUAAAUUGGUUAAUUUUUUUAAGGAUAUGUGCUGUUUAAGUCAUUUUGUUUUUGAUUUGGUUCUUUUAUUUUAAGUACACUUAGCUUCAAAUACCUGUUUACUGUGAUAAUUGUAUAUCAUGGGCUGUAUAUCUUGUGGCUGUACAUAGAAAAAGGUGGCAAAUAAAUGUUUUCAUAU